AGCACCUCGCCUCCGAACGCUUUGCUAAACCACUGAAAGGUUUUCAUGAUUGUGCUGUCAUCGUGUUAUGUCGUUUAUGCUUGUUUCUCAAAGGCUGAUGGAGUGAUUCUUUCGUUUCUCUUGCUUGCGAACUUGGCAUCUUUCUCUGACGGACAGAACUGUUCAGCCCUUCAACCUGGACAAUAUCGGUGCGAUUUACCUCUAAUAGAUAAGGCUACGCAACAGCCCAUCGAUUGUUCAAGGGAGACCCUUCGAGCUCCAGGUACCACGUCAAGCCCUUCCGUUGAGCUUCUUGGUUUUAGUUGCUUGUCGUCCCGCUCCUGGAAUAUUUUGUAACGGUCAGUAUUUCACCGGGGAAGAAGUUGGGUUUCUUGGUAGCGUAACCUGCCGUUUUGUGUAAGUCACUUCCUAGGUUUCUCUGAUUAGUUCACAGAACGGGCUAUCGCUUUGAUACCGCACUGCUGUUGUCAGUGUUCGGAGGACUAUUUGGGCUCGACCGGUUCUAUCUUGGAUACGUUGCCUUGGGUAAGCUCUGGAUGUUUUCCCUAAUAAUGCACUGGUUUCAGGGCUUCUCAAACUUGGAACGAUUGGUGGUUUCGGCCUUUGGUACCUCGCAGACAUUCUUUUGAUUGCUAUCGGCAUGACCGAUACGCCAAAACGCCGAAGUGAUUCACUAACUCCGGCAGAUAAUUCACCAAGCCAACCAGAAAAACGUGCUCGUUUCGAGGACGUGCUUGCCAAUAAUUCAACGUUGAAGGAUGAUUCAGCGUUCAUCUCGAAGAGUUUUUGUCCGGAAAACAUGCAUUUAGUCUCUGUGCUAAGUAGUGAUUCGCGUUCGAAUUGUCUGAUCCUUCACACCCGUUUCGAAGAUAGCCCAGACAAAGAUGGUAUCGUCAUCUUAAAGAAAGCGCCUUUUCCAACCGAUCCAAAAGUACUACAACAGAGUAAGCUUGUACACAAGCUUCUUGCAUCUAGUGAUCAUUCAACGGAAUCCGAGGUGAACCCGGAUCCCAGUAAUCCUACAAUCACUACGUUUCCGUGCUGGCAGGCGACGUCCAUUCUGAGUAACGAUGUCUACCAUCGUCUUCUGGUCACAGCCGGAUUGGAAUCACUUAAUGAGGUUGAUAUGACUGUCAUCCAUCCUGCUGGACCUCACCAUUUCAAACGAUAUACAAAAUCUGGCCGCCACAUGAUUCAAGAAACCCCGGAACUGUAUUCAUCUGUAAUCGUCCCUUUUCUUUCCAAGACUCCACGUGAUCUGAGUUGGGUCGAUAAUAUUCUCACUGGCAAAGCGGAGCGUGAUCGUGUCUUGUUUACGACCGACCUAAGUGACGAUUACGGAUUUACCCUAGUUUUGGACUACCGCUGGAAUGAAAAAAGAAUCCAGGAAAUGCAUUGUUUGGGCAUUGCUCAUGAUCCCCAGUUAACGUGUCUACGUGAUCUGCGAUCAACGCACAUCCCCAUGCUCAAGAAGAUCCUUGUAGAGGGACGUCGAAUAUUGUCCCAGAAGUAUUCUGCUGAUGCCCCAACUCCAGGACCGAUAAGAGAGGAUCAAAUUAUGGCCUAUGUUCAUUAUCCGCCCACAUUUUAUCGACUUCACGUGCAUUUUGUCCACGUAGACGCGGCGGAUGAUGGUGGCACACGAACUGGCCGUGCCCACCUUCUUGAUGAAGUGAUCCGCAAUUUGGAGUUAGAUGGCAGCUACUACGCUAAUCGCGUGUUGACCAUUUAUUUGCAUGAUCAAAGUCCUAUGUUGGAAGCUGUGCAACAGUCCUUUGCCAAUUCGACUUCAGAACAUAUUGGUAGUGAGAAUGUGCGCAGUGGAAAUUCGGCUUCUUGA